CCGGCGUCCGCUGCCCGUACGCCCAUGAGUUUGCUGCUGAGGUGAAGAAGUGGCGGUUGGGUGAAGCAAGCAGUGCGCGUCCCAAAUUGCAAAGUGUAUUAUAUUCUUUUCGGCCCACAAAAAGACGGUUAUGUAAAGCGCGUAAAGCGCGCCAGCUAACUGCCCACAUAUCGUACUCAAGUAGUUAACAACUUUUCGUCAUGUUGAUGGUCGUGUGUUCCAGUUUAAGGCGUCCCGGGCACGUGGGCGCCGCAUCCACCAUGCGGAACCUUAAUUGGAUCCUUGGCGGAGGAUAUAGACCGCCGAUCCAGGCAUUGGCACGGCACUACGUCCAAGCUCCGGAGGCCCGGCCAGUGGCCGAUGAGCGGUUUUCGGCCAGCCAGCAGGAUCGGAAGGAUAUCGCCACGCAGACCGAGCGGAGCAGCAAGCCCAAGGACCUGUUGCCUCCGCCGUCGACGUCGCCCACACCCACGCCCACGCCUCCCCUACCGCCCCCGAUGUCCGACCGGAACGCUGAUCCCGCCCUGGAUGUGGGCCCCGGCGUGGCGGUGCCCUACAACAUUGACUGGAUAUUCCCCAGACUGAGGAACCCCACGCGCUUCUGGUACAUGGCCAGCCAGUUUGUCAUCUCCGCCGUCGGAAUCUUCAGCAAGAUUGUGCUGAUGUUCCUGAACAAAACCCGCGUCUACAACAAGGAACGAUUGAUCCAGAUGAUAGACAAGAGGCCGCAGGGCGUUCCGCUGGUCACCGUGUCCAACCACUACUCCUGCUUCGACGAUCCCGGAUUGUGGGGCAUCCUGCCCCUGAGUCUUGUGUGCAACACCUACAAAAUCCGCUGGUCGAUGGCCGCCCACGACAUCUGCUUCACCAACAAGCGGCACGCGCUCUUCUUCAUGUUUGGCAAGUGCAUACCUGUUGUGCGGGGCAUCGGUGUCUACCAGGAGGCCAUCAACCUGUGCAUCGAAAAAGCCGCUCUGGGCCACUGGAUCCAUGUGUUUCCGGAGGGCAAGGUCAACAUGGAGAAGGAGGAGCUGCGGCUGAAGUGGGGCGUGGGUAGGAUCAUCUACGAAUCGCCCAAGGUCCCCAUCAUUCUGCCCAUGUGGCACGAGGGCAUGGACGACCUGCUGCCCAAUGUGGAGCCCUAUGUGAUACAGCGGCACAAGAAUGUCACCGUCAAUGUGGGUCAGCCCUUGGACCUCAACGACUUUGUGCUGGACCUGAAAAAGCGGCAAGUGCCGGAGCCCACGGCGCGGAAGCUAAUCACAGACAAAAUUCAGGAAGCCUUUCGGGGCUUGCGGGCGGAGACCGAGAAAUUGCAUAGAGAUCGCGACUAGCAAAUCACCAUGGAAUAGUCUUGCGGCAGAUAUUCGUUAUAAUAUUUAUUUGUAUAGUAUUAAGCCUAAAAUGAACCCUCGAAAGCCUUUGCAGUCCAUUUAUUAUAAUUCUAUUUUCGUGUAUUAUGGUUAUUUCAUCAGGAUGUAGUUGCCGGAGAGGCAAUUUAAGUGAGUCAGCGUGCAUUAUUAGUGUAAAUAUACAAAUGAUAUUACUCCAAGCAGAGGGAAUAAAAUGGCUGAUAAAAUAAAAAA